AUGCGCAACAGUAUGAAACUUCAUACCGGUUCGGUCGUCUUCCGGGUUAACAAGGACCGCGCUGUUAGAUCAGGACUUCCGUCGACAGUGCCAAGUAUGCUAGGAAGUAAACAACAACAACAAAAAGAUGACACCAGCGGAAUUACUACAAUGACGUUUGGACAGUGGAAUGUCGGGACACUCCUCGAUCGGGAAGGAACUGGCAGGCCAGAGAGAAGGACUGCCCUUGUAGCCAUGGAGCUGGAGAAGUACAAAAUUGACAUUGCUGCUCUGAGUGAAACACGUUUCUCCGAGUCAGGUAGGCUCGAUGACAUGGGCUACACAUUCUUCUGGAGCGGCAAGCCGGACGGGGUACGACGAGAGGCUGGAGUGGGAUUCGCCAUCAGAAAAGAGAUCUUAGCGAAGCUCACAGAAAUGCCUAAAGCGGUGAAUGAUAGAAUUAUGACAAUGACAGUACCACUGAUGAAGAAGGGAAAUGCUACUCUCAUCAGUGUAUACGCACCAACCAUGACGAGUCCGGAUGAAACAAAGGAGAACUUCUACAAUCAGCUUAGACGAACGUUGCGGGACACCCCCCGGACUGACAAGCUGAUAUUGAUGGGAGACUUCAAUGCCCGGGUAGGACGAGACUAUGAGAAAUGGCAGUCGGUGUUAGGCAGGCACGGAAUCGGUAAAUGCAACACCAAUGGUGAGCUACUUCUAGCGCUGUGCUCUGAGUUCGAACUCCUACUGACAAACACCGUGUUCAAGCAGAGGGAAGAACACAAAACCACCUGGAUGCACCCUCGCUCUAAGCAUUGGCACCUGAUUGAUUACAUCAUAACAAGACAACGAGACAGAAUAGAUGUUCACAGCACAAGAACUAUGCGUGGAGCUAACUGCUUGACCGAUCACCAGCUACUAAGAUCAAAGAUUGCAUUUGCUUUACGUUCAAAGCGUAGGAAGCAAGGAGCUACUAAACUUGCAAAGCUGAACACAGACCGGCUACACGUCAACACACAACGGCUAAAGCUAGAGCAAGAUAUGGAGAAAGCUCUGGCGACUUGGGGAGUGCAAGAGGGAAUGACAGUUGAUCAGACCUGGGCAUCACUCAGCAAAGUAGUAUAUGAGACAGCGAGCAACACCCUCGGUAAACCAGAGCGAAAACACCAGGACUGGUUUGACCCAGAAGACUCCGAGCUUCUGAUACUCAUGAAGAAAAGGAAUGAAACACACCAACAUGUAUUACAGACUAGAAGCACCAGGUCAACCACCACCGCGUACAAGGAAGCCUGCAGACACUUGCAGAGGUACACACGGAAAAUGAAAACCACCUGGUGGGAGAAAAAGGCAGAGGACCUGCAGCGCUCCGCAGACAAUAAUGACAUGAAGUCCUUCUACACUGGACUGAAAGAAGUCUGGGGCCCCCAGACUAGGAGUACAGUUCAUCUCAAGUCCCUGGACGGUAACACAACCUUUUCAGACAACAAAAGGGUGCUUGAACGAUGGUCGCAGCAUUUUGAGACACUACUCAACCAGCCAGGAGAUAUCGAGCCUGCAGCGCGUGAUAGGAUCAACCAGCGACCUGUAGUUACUGCACUCGAUGAUAUUCCAACACGAAAAGAGCUAAACCUGGCAAUUGCCUCCUUGGGUGAUGGCAAGGCACCCGGAGUGGAUGGGAUACCAAGCGAGAUAUGGAGUCGGAGGAGCCACACUAACCAACAGUUUACUAAUGCUGAUACAACAAGCAUGGGCAGAAGGCUCCGUACCUCAGGAUUGGAAGGAUGCUAA